AUUUCCUCCGUCGGCGAUUUUCUCUCCGGUGCCAUUGUUCCCGUUGAACGUUGACCGUUAGCGCCUACCUCCGAUACAACUGUAUUCAACCGUUGGUUGUCAAGACUCAAGAGUAAUACUGAACAGAUUUUGCCAUGUCUUCAUCUGCUAAAAAAAGUUCUACAGAUAUUCAGGAGAAAGAUCUAAUGCUCGACAAAGAAAUGGAAAAGGACACAUGGAACUUUAAGUCAAUGACAGAUGACCCAAUGGAUUUUGGCUUUGACUCACCAGCAAAAAAUAAGAAGAAUGCCUUCAAGCUGGAUAUGGGUUUCGAUCUAGAUGGAGAUUUUGGAAAUCUAUCAUCAUUCAAAAUGGACAUGCCAGAUUUUGACUUCUCAAGCCCAGCUAAGAACACCACAAAAACGAAAGAAAGCUCUGAUGAUAAAUCUAGUAAAAAUUCAAAACAGAAAAAAAAUCCAUUUGCCUUCUCUUAUGAUUUUGAUGGGUUAGACGACUUUGAUCUUGGUUCAAGCCCACCGAAGAAGGGAGGCAAGACUACGAGCAGGAACACGGAUACCGAAGAAAUUUCUGCUAGAAGAAAGAUUGAUAAGUCAGACGAUUUGGACUUUGGUCCAGAGGUACCUAUACCUAAACAAGCUCCCUCCAAGGCAAAUUCAGAUGUUCAGGUAAAGGCUUCAGUUGAAAAAGAGAACCAAAGUUCCAAGAAAACAGCUACUAUGGUUGUUGAUAGUAGCACUCACUCAGAUCAAGCUACAUUAGAGAGCAUGGAAAAUUUGGAGGCGGUGGAAUCACCUCAAGGUCCAAGAAUAAAAACCUCAAGAACUCAUACAAUGUCUGUCCGACCUCAAUCCAUAAACACUUCACCAUUGAAGAUGACCCGACCUCAAUUCAUAAACACUUCACCAUUGAAGACAUCAUCUUCAAUGGUUGAAGAAAUAGAUGAAGCACGUCCUUCUAAUGAAACCGCAGAACCCACUCCAUUACAUGCUUCCGAGACUGCUAAUACUUCAGUAAGCAGAGAAACCAGUCCAGGUAUCCAUGAUAUCUACAGGCCUGGCACAAAAGAAGACUAUCCUAAAGAUCCAGAACAGAGUGCCAAUAAGAAAAUGAUUUCCACUAUGGAAUCAAGUUAUGAGAAGAAUGAACAAACUGAACCAAACAUCUCUUUUGAGUUAUGUUUGGACAAGAUAGAACAUCAACAGGAAGAAAUGAGUACAGACUCUCAAGCAGAUAUACAGGAUCACACUAGAGGAACACUGUGUGAUCUAGACACCGGACAUUCUCAAACAACUCUCUCAGGGAAAUUAUCCACUCGUCCAAGCCAAACUGCUCAGGUACAAGAUUUAAGUGCAAAGCUACCACUAAAGCCAUCCCACAGCGUGUCAGGGAUCAAUGAUUUGAGGGCCAUGCAAAAUAAAGACUCAGGACUUAUCAGAUCCAAAUUUUUUAAGAAGACAGAAAAACCACAAUCCCAUGUGCUGGAGUCCACUCCAAAUCAUACAGAGAUUCAGUCGGUUACCCGAGAAAGGAUUGGGUCGAAUAUGAACCCUACAAAUGAUAGGAGACAUGAUAUAAAAGAUGCAUUAUCUGGAUCCACAACUAGAACAUCUCCAGUUGAGCUUGUCAACACAGAUUCCGAAAAGGAUGCACCAAAUGAUAAUACAAGCAGCAGUUCUCAUGAAAAGAUCAUCCACAAGAACAAUUCAAAUGCCAAGACCGUAGAAAAUGUGGCUGGACAGAUGGAUCAUUUAAAGCUGCAAGCUAAAAAUACAACUAGAGAGAAGUCCAUAUUGCAGAUCAAUAUAAGCUCAAAACUUGAUGCUUCUAGCUUGACUCAGAAACUAAGCAAACAUUUGAGUUCUGGAGCCGAAUCUUUGCAGACGUCCAAGAUCGUAUCUCUUGAAAGGCCUAAACUUGGAAAUAUUAUGUCUGAUCUGCGUGCCUUGAAAACUCAAAGGACCAUUGGAGUAAAUAAAGACCAACCCAGUUCUGGAGUGCAACCAGAAGUUAGCUCUUCCCUACCCAAGGAGAAACAUACCGAAGCACCAGUUAAAAAAAUCUCUGAGAUUCAUCAUUUGGUUCCUAGAGACAAAGUGCAAAUCCUGCACUGCCCGUCUUCUUUAAAGCGGAAAGCUCUUGAUAUGGAUGAAGAUAGAUCAUUGGAGCCACAACUCAAACGCUUUUCCAUGCCGCCAAAAGAAAACAGGAACGUUGAGGAGCUCACACAUAGAGCUGAACAAGGAAAGUUCUGUAGCCAAGAGAGUAGAAUAGAUAAUAAUACAACCAAACAGCUUGUCAAGGAAAGUCCACGGACUAAGUCUCAUUACCAGAACAUAAACAUGGCAAAUCUGGAGAUCCCAAUCACGGAGAAUGCUGAUAACAUAGAGAAAGCUGAAGCAUAUACAAAAGAACUCGACAAUGUUUGCAACAUUCUGAAGAAGAAACAUGAGGAAGCGAAAGAGUUACUUGUCCGUGCUGUAGUAAACAAUAAUAAGCUGCUGAUGCUCAACCAUCCUUUAUAUGAAGACAAGAUUCGUAUGGUCCAGAAGUUCGCAGCAAAGUUGACUAUAAGGGACACAUGAUGAACACUCAAACAACUUUAUUGCGUUAAGAGGUUCUGUGGAUUUACACCAACACGUAAUCGUGAAAAGUUCAGAAAGGUUGACGUCAUAUUAGUUCAGGUAACUCGAUCCUCUUUCUCAUUUUGCUGGACAAUAAAGAAAACACGUAAAAUGUAUAACAUAUUAAAGUUUGAUGGUUAACUGAUAAUGAAAGAGUUCAAUACA